AUGUCAUUAUACAGUGCAGGUGCCUUUCCAUCAGUACCCAAGCGAGUACAUUUUGCUUUGGAUUUCUUUCCCCAUACUUUAAAAUGGUCCCCAGGAGAGUCCAGUUCCCAAGAUAUCAAAUAUGAAGUGCAGUAUAAGAGAUAUGGUAAUGCCAGCUGGCAGACCGUGCCACAUUGCUCCCCUACUUCCAACCUGUCUUGUGACCUUACAGUGGAGACGUUACCCCGGACACUAGGGUAUUAUGGGAGAGUCAGGUCUAUUCUUGGAAAUGAGACGUCAGAUUGGGUUCACACCACACGCUUCAACCAUAGAGACGUCAUUCUGCCUCCACCAAGUCUAACACUUCACAUGGAUCAAGGCUCCCUGAUUGUUCAACUUGCUCUCCCACAAAUACGGGCUAAAAAUAUCAUCCUACGCUACGAAGAUGUCUUCCCUUACAGUAGGGUGUACUAUGUGCAUGUGCGCAGGACAGCAGACAACCAUACGUUCAUGCAGAUGCAAAGCUCCUUGACAUUCCAAAUCACUGAUCUGGAUGGGGAUAUGGAAUACUGUGUGUUUGUGCAGCCGGCAGUGGCCAGCCGUGGUAACAUUGGCAUCCCAUCUGCAGAGACUUGCGUCCACUUACCAGAAAAAGAGAUCAGUAGAAAAGGACUUCUGGUGAUCGCUUCAUCUAUCAUCGUUAUUGUGGUUCUUCUGAUUUUAAUCAAUUUCUUCAUCUGUUUUUAUAUUCGUGAAGGAGUCAGAACUCCAGCAGCAUUGAAGUCUUUCAUUAAGAGGAGCUGGUCAUGGACUGACAAAUCAGAGACCCAAGUUCCUGAUGCCGAAGGUGUGCUACAUUGGGAGAGGGAGGUGAUUGCGCAGCUUCUUUUGGAACCCAGGCAUUCUCUCAUGAGAAGUAGUGGUGAUAGUGGUUUUGGCAGUCAGAUCCUUAAUGAGAGAGAGACUCACACCACCUCUUGCUUUUCCAAUGACUUUAAAGGGGAUAGUGGAAUCAGCAUCCCUGAUGAGGACUCAGAUUUUAAAGAGACCUCUCAAGAGGAGGCUUCCUUUGUCAAGCAACAUCACCCUCAUAUUCAGAAGUACAAUGGGAUCAGCAUCCCUAAUGGCGACACGGGGUGUAAAAAGACCUCCACGGAAGAAGCACUAUUUGUUAAAAUACAUCACCUUCAUAUAAAGGAGGACAGUGGGAUUAGCUUGUCCACGGGAUCUCCCUUCCUCAAACGCAACUGCAACCUUGGUGUUAUCCCCUAUGGAGUGGAUUUAAAGGAUACUGAAGACUGCAUUGAAAAUGGGAUUGUGACUUGCUCACAAUGGGGAUAUCUCAAACAACCUAAAAGUGAAAGACAGAGCAGUACAGGAAGGGAAGACUCAAAUUCUCUAGAACAAGUUAAGGACUACAUUUCACAGGGAUCAGACAGAAGAUGCAAAGGAGAAAUGGUCUCACAAGGGAUUAGUGAGGACCUCCAGGGACCCUGGGUUCAAAUACCAGAAUGCUUCCAAUCAUCUGUCCCACUCACUGCAGCUUUCAGUCCAUUUAGCAGUGUUUUAUGGGAUUUAAGAGUCAGUUCCCCAGCGUUAGGAUCAGUAGAACUAAUAGACAGCAGAUCCUGAUGCAAGCUUUACAAACUAAUUUAUUUAUAUAAAGUGCUAUGGGACAUCCUUCCUAUCUGGGCUGCUAAAAUCAUACUGAUCCAUAAAUGGCAUUUGAAUUGAUGAAUCUGUAAUAUCCUAAUGGUUUAGAUGGUGUUCAUUGCAUGAAAAAUGUGAAUGUCAAUGCCUAGCCUCAAGUGCCACCUAAUAACUUCCAUUGCUAUAAUUCUUCUCUGGAACCCACCCUAGUAGUUCAAUUAACACGUGCCUAAAACUCUUUCCUUCCCUGCAAAUUAAACUCCCCAUAAAUCCUUCUGUUGACAAAAAUAACCAUUCCCUUUAAUUCCUCCUAUUGUUGUAAAUAACUCCUCCCUCUAAUUGUCCUAAUGGUACAAAUAGCCUUUCUCUGUCAUUCACCAGGUUAUUCAUAUCAACCCUCACAAAGUCCUUUUCAUUGUGUCAUUUCUAUAACUCUAUAACUCCUCCUCCAAAUGUUUCCUUAUAACUUGUCUAAUUGCUCCAUAUAGGUUAUUAAUCACUGACUAGUGUCACAAAUAACCCCAUCGAUAUAACUGCCCCGGUAAAAAGAAUUCUUUCAUAUGACUCUUCUUUUUACUACAAAUGUCUUCUCUUAUUGGCACACAUAAUAAGAUCCGUAUUAUUACUCCAUGUUAUCCUAAGCUGCCUUCUGUGAAAUAUGGACUUUGUCCCUUGCCAGCCUGUCUCACUUGGCUGUGUAUGGUUGCUGCUAAAAUUCUUAUCUGACUCCUGACAGGUCAGCUUGUUUACACACUAGCGUAUUAAUUUGCACAUGUGCUUCUUUUUAAUAAAGUUUUUUUCAUUACAAACAGACAA